UCGUGCUUGCGCUCGCCUCUGCAGUGUCGUUUGCUCAGUGCGCCUGACACAAUCACACAAUCAAUUUCAUGGCUAUAAAGCGACGGAAAGCGCCUUUCUCAAGACUUCUCUAGCCAGCUAUUCUGCAGUCCCGUCGAGCGAAAGAAUUAUAUAACGCUCAUGUCCGCCUGUUUCACUACUCGAGCGAAUUGGCCUCCGUCAUUGCGGGGUUUCCCUUUCUACAUUAGCUCAUCGCGUUUGUUCUAUACAUUCCUCACAGAUUCAAACACGACCCUUAUAACCCAAAGUCUUACCCCGCGCCAGCAAUCCCUUGUAUACGAUCCGGUUGAGCAACACCUUAUGGCGACUGUAACAACAGCGGGCUCGUACGAGCAAUACAAACUUGACACCAACCGGUUCAUCUUCUGGCUCAUUGACACUGCGAACAAGCGGGGCUACAACAUGGCUGAUCCCGCUAAAAUCCAGCAACCCUCAAAACGGCUGAAAGGCAAAGCGAGGACGCAAGCGACCGCUAGUACCCCACCCAUCGCAAACUCGACCGCAUCGAAAACCAAUUACGUCAUCUCGACGGAAAAGAUUCUCGAGUUGGCGAAACAUAUCGCCAAUCAUAAGGAGACUUCGACAAUGCCCAAGUUCGUUUGGUACUCCUACAAGCGGGCCGUGAGAACGCGCCAGGCCUACGCUGACCGCUAUGCCCAAGACGAACUAUCGGAGACGGCUUCGGAAGAUGGCCACAUCUACUUCCUGUGGCUGCUGAAAUACUGCCACACGAUCCUCAUGAAGAAGGUUGUAGUGCAGGCCGUCAGCCGAUCCAAAACUGCAGCACCUGCGCAACUUCGAUUCAACAUCGCGACUGAACCAACAUCAGCGACAUCUCCUCACCUGGUAUCUGCACCAGCCCUGCACACCGUCGAUAAUGGCCAGAAUGCGAUGGCUGAGGAAGCAGCAGCUACGGAAGCCGAGCGAGAGGCAAUAGGACAUACAUUAGAUGAGCUGGCCCGCAAGUUUGAGCUCGACAUGAAAGCGAAACAAGAUACGGAGGUUGAACUCGAAAAAGGGAGAAAGUACAAGGAAGAACUUGCCUUGAGAAAAUCUUGUCUGGUGGACGAUAUGCGCAUCAUCGUCGAGCAGCUGGAGUCUGACUGGGACGACACUCACAAGGCCACUGGUGAUAAGGAUUACUUGGAUGAGAUCCGAGCUACUCUCAUCACGGAAGCUGCGUUCGACCUUAUACGCCGCAAAGAAGAGGUCUUGGUACAAGAAACUCAUGAGAAAGGUCUGCCGCCAUUCGAUCCCUCUCUCGACGAUGAUGACUUCUUUGGCAAGACCGCCACAGCUCUAAGGAAGAUCGAGGCGGAGCGACGAGGUUCAGAACCAGGAGAAUAUUUGUUCUUCGCAUCGCGGUUGAUCAUUCAAGAUGAUGUCGCGAAGCGGCACUCGAACGAGGACUACGACUUCCUAGUACACUACUUGUUUGAAGCAGCACUGGAACCAAAAGCCAGAAAGGCACACGAGGAACGGUACCAGAUGCCACUAUUAGCAGGAGCAUUAGACGCCCCUUCUCGGGCAUACGGUUCGCUAGGUGCUUUCGGAUUCGUCUCAAUGGUUUUGAUAUUCGCUGCCGAGUUGGCAAUCAGGAUCCGAUCGAAAGACAAAACCCACUCUCUAAAGCAUUACGCACCAAUGUCAGUUCGGGCGGCGAAAGAAGAAGCCCAGUUCGCAUCUUGGAGCGACCGAAAAAUCGCCUUCUCGCAUUACAUCCAGCAAGUCACAGACUCAGCGUAUACACACCGAAGUCUGAUCAUAGAACGGCCAUUCUCCCAUGCCCGGUACGCUAAGAUGCGGAUGUUGACGGCUGAACAUCUGUUCUGCGGUUUGCAGAACGACUACCCGAGGCCGAUGUUCAGGACCGAUGAAAUUCGAGAUGAGUUGAUGAUGGGUCUCGAGGUGAUGAACGCCGUCAAUGGCCGUGGCAAUAAGUCUGCACGUCAAGCGGCUGCCGCUCAGUACAUUCUUCCGCCACAGGAUGGAGACUUCUUGCGUAAUACCGUUCCGACGCUGAGAGCAAAGCUCUCCCUAGUCCAUCUCUUACUGCGCGAGGAAAUGGGACUAGGCUUUGCUAAUCUCAGCCCACAAAUUUUCGCCAUAGCCCAUUUGUACAACUGCUUCCAAAAGCGAGGCUGGAUCAGCGGAGCCUGGCCGGAAAUCGAGCUCAUCAUGGACCGGCAUUCAAAGAAAAUAUUCUCCAUCGCAAUACCCACCAAACCUAAUGAAUUUUACUCGCGUCUGCUGCUUGCAGCAGGGUACUCAUCCAAAUUCAUCAAGAAAGCUCGAGCUCUGAACAAGGACCUUUACAGUAGCAGCGAACUCGGGAAAGCCACCCAUAAGACGUGCGAGUUAGAACCGCUUCUGAUGACGAAGAUUCUCCGCGACUAUGUUCAUCAGAGGAACAUGGGAGUACGCACCUGGUAUCGUAUGGAUGAGGAGAUGGCCAAAGACAGCAAAAGCUCUUCGCGGACGCAGGGUUCUGGUGAUCUGAACAUCUUAUCAUUCAUCAGAAACCUCCGCAACUCAGAAGAGCUUCCUCGCGUUCUGGACCGCUUGGAAUUUGACUAUAUCAGCCUGACGCUGAAGUGUAACGAGCUCUGUGAGAAGAUUGAUACCGAACAAGCAAACUUUAGCGUUAGUGGAGAGAAAGUAAACAAAGAGGCGGACUGGAAGUCGCCUACCAGCGACGGUUUCAUGAUUGUGGCAAUGCUCCUCGGAGAUCUCGACCGCGUUGUUAUGAAGAAGGAGCGUGAUCCCAAGGGAAAUAUGGACAUGGCAGAUAUGACCAAUGUCGUUGAGGCAGUUGUUGGAGUGAUGCAAGACUUUCUGAAUGGGCUGAAGACGUAGGCGAAGAGGACAUGUUCGAGACGGUAUAGAGACUAUGGAAAGCACAACAUGGGCUGCUUGUACCACAGUACUACACUGGAGACGGGCCUGAUUAGGCGGUUGACUUGGAUAAUGAUACCUCGAACGACAUGUUUCCGGAGCAACUCGGAUGGACCGUGAUCGGACAACUUCCCGUAUAGCAAAGAUGCAUAAAAUCUGUGAUCCUACACCACCUUCGCUUCAUGGCUGGUUCACUGCACUGAUAUCAGACCGGCUCCCCACCUGUGUAACAAUUCAGCCCACCUCAUCU